AUGAACCACGCGCACGUGACCUCCGGCCCGAGCAGCGUGCAGUUACCCUCCAUCAGCUCGCUGCUGGGCGUCGUGCACAGCGACCCGCGUCUGCUGACCGGCGGGGCAGAAUGGUCCCACUGGCCACAGCCCGCGUACCACCAGCACCCGCCUGUUUGGGCGCCCCAUCACACGUUUGCGCACGCCCCUCCUCCUCCGGCCCCGGCUCCCAUGCCCACGAUGCCCAUGCUGGGUGCGAGCCGCGGAUCGUUCGGCACGGCGUGCAAGGCGUCACAUGCCACGGCGGCCGCCGCGGCCAUGGCCAUGGCGCCCGGUCUGCCCACUCCGCGCGCAAGCUCCUCCGACAUUGGUGGAUUCGCUGCUUUGGCACCGCUGCUAGCGUCUCCCGGUACCAACCGCAUUCCAACGCCGGCGUCCACACCUUCGCUCCAAGCGAUUGUUCCGCAACACUCCCACUCACCGGUGCGCUCCAGAUCACCUUGCACGCCCUCCAGCGAUGACCUCAUGUCGCACGACGAGGUGUCCGUCGCCGUCGCCGCCGCUGCCGCUGCUGCUGCUGCGCUACCCAACCAAAGCCAUCAGCAACGCCUGCUCAAAUGCGUAUGUCGCAACAACACCAAGACCGGCCACCAUAUUCCCAGACCUCGUAAUGCGUUUAUCUUGUUCCGGCAACACCUGCACCAGCGCUUGUUCGCCAAAGAAAACGACAGGUCAUGCGGAACGGCGCCCAACAACUCCGAAUCCAAUUCUAAUCCAGCUACAGCUCCAGCUACAGCUCCAGCUACAGCUCCAGCGACCAACACCAGCACCCCCACCACGGGGGGGUCUUCUCCCAGCACCGAAGUGUCGUUCAAGACCAACUCGCAAAUCUCAAGAGAAAUCGGCCAGCGCUGGCGCGAACUGGGCGAGCAAGACCGCAAAUACUGGCAGGACCUGGCGCUGCAGGAGAAAGAGCUGCACCGGAAAAGGUAUCCGGACUACAAAUACAUCCCACGCAAGAGUCGUGCAGGCAAAAGACAGCGCAAAGAUGGCUGCGAGUUCUGCAAACGACACAGCGAGCUGGGAACACCGCUUGGGGCUUGA